UUGGGGACCCGCGCUUUUCGGACGUAGCCGGCGGUGCGGCCAGCUGCAGAUGCUGACUGCUCUUCAGUUUGGUCAUUUGUUGUAGAACCUUCAACAUGCAGACCUCUAGCUCUAGGUCUGUGCAUCUGAGUGAAUGGCAGAAGAAUUACUUUGUAGUUACAUCAGGCACUUGUACCUCAAAAGAGAAGGCAGAUGCAUACCGUGCACAGGUGCUGCGCAUUCAGUAUGCCUGGGCGAACUCUGAGAUCUCCCAGGUCUGUGCUACCAAACUGUUCAAAAGGUAUGCCGAGAAAUAUUCUGCAAUUAUUGAUUCUGACAAUGCUGAAACUGGCCUGAAUAACUAUGCAGAAAACAUCUUAGCUUUGGCAAGGUCUCAGCAGACUGACAGUGAGAAAUGGCAGUCUGGAUUGUCGGUAAGUAAUAUUUUCAAAAUGGCAGGUGUACAGAAGAUGAUGCAAGCAGGCAAGAAAAUGAAGGACUCUCUUUUGGACCCUGCUGAGGCCUCAGUAGUACUCCGUAAGGAGGCUCCUGUCUUUGAUCUUCCCAAGUUUAGUGUUUGUAGAGGUUCUGGAGAAGGUGACUUGUUAGCCAGCUCAAGUCAUGACAGAGAUUGGACCCAAGACAGUGCAGGGAGCAACCUUGGAUAUAUCCAGCCUCAGAAUGCACCGCUGUCCAACACCACUAAGACUUGUCCUGCCUCCUCGGUGUCUCUCCUCGGUGAGUCAGCCCCUGCACGAUUCCACACCACACCAUUAUUCAGAAACACGAAAAAGGAAAAUCACAGCUCUCCUAAAGCCAAUGUAGGACUAAAUAUGUUCUUACCUAAUCAGUCUUUCUAUGGUUCUGGUACCACUGAUGCCUUCUCUAAUCCACCACUGAAUAAGGUUAUUAGUAAAACAGAAGAUAAUGGCCAACGGGAGGAUGGCAGCUUGUCUACCUUCAAAACUGCCAAAGAACAAUUAUGGAUUGAUCAGCAAAAAAAGUACCACCAACCCCAGCAUGCAUCUGGGUCUUCAUAUGGUGGUGUAAAAAAGUCUCUGGGAGCAGGUAGGUCUCGAGGGAUUUUUGGGAAGUUUGUACCUCCUGUACCUAAGCCAGAUGGGGGAGAGCAGAAUGGAGUGAUGCAAUACAGGCCUAAUGGGGCAGGACCUUCAGAGCCAGCACAUCCUGUGGAUGAGCGUCUCAAGAACUUGGAGCCAAAGAUGAUUGAACUUAUUAUGAGUGAGAUUAUGGAUCGUGGUCCUCCAGUACACUGGGAAGACAUUGCAGGAGUAGAAUUUGCCAAAGCCACAAUUAAGGAAAUAGUUGUGUGGCCCAUGAUGAGACCAGACAUCUUUACUGGAUUGCGUGGACCCCCAAAAGGCAUUCUUCUCUUUGGUCCUCCUGGGACUGGUAAAACUCUAAUUGGCAAGUGCAUCGCUAGUCAGUCUGGGGCAACAUUCUUUAGCAUCUCCGCUUCAUCCUUGACGUCUAAAUGGGUAGGUGAGGGGGAGAAAAUGGUCCGUGCAUUGUUUGCUGUUGCCAGGUGUCAGCAACCAGCUGUGAUAUUUAUUGAUGAAAUUGAUUCCCUAUUAUCUCAAAGAGGAGAUGGUGAACAUGAAUCUUCCAGAAGGAUAAAAACAGAAUUUUUAGUUCAGCUAGAUGGAGCAACCACAUCUUCUGAAGAUCGAAUCCUAGUGGUGGGAGCAACGAAUCGGCCACAAGAGAUUGAUGAGGCUGCCCGGAGAAGACUGGUGAAAAGGCUUUACAUUCCCCUACCGGAAGCUUCAGCCAGGAAACAGAUAGUAACCAGCCUGAUGUCCAAGGAGCAGUGUUGCCUCAGUGAGGAUGAAGUCGAAAAGGUGGUCCAGCAGUCGGAAGGGUUCUCUGGAGCAGACAUGACCCAGCUUUGCCGGGAGGCUUCUCUGGGUCCCAUUCGCAGUUUGCACAUGGCUGACAUUGCUACCAUAACACCAGAUCAAGUUCGACCUAUAGCUUACGUUGAUUUUGAAAAUGCUUUUAGAACUGUGCGCCCUAGUGUGUCUCCAAAUGAUCUAGAGGUUUAUGAAAACUGGAACAAAACAUUCGGUUGUGGAAAGUGAAUGAGGCACUAAAAAUAUGGUGUUUCCUUUCUUUAACUUAGGAAACUAGGGCUGUGUUAGUAGCCAUUUUUGAAACCUAUUCUGAAUUCUAUACCU